GCGCAGAAGUUCAUCGAGCAUGCUUGCAAUUGCCAAGGGGGCUCUUGCAGCUGCACAGAUGCGUCUUGCGGUUGCCCUGUCUACGUUGGCUUUCAUUUCUAUGCCUACGACUGCCAACCGGAGUCCUUUGGCGGCUACACUGCCUUGGAUUCGCGUUUGAAAGCUGUGGCCGCCAUCAUGGAGAAGUACCCCUUCGUCAAGGGGGCCAUAGUCAAUGAAGUGGGAAUGCUGAACUGCGCCCCGGAGUCUUUGAAUCCCAUCUGCGUCCCUAACUCCGGGAAGUAUCCGGCAUCCGCGACCUCGGACCACUCCUGCCCAUCCAACGAUCAACUCCCUAACGGCAUGGCAAGCUUUAUCGACAAGAUCUUUGACUAUGUCAUCAAUGCCAAGACCAGCGACGGGCGCGAGGUGGUAAAGGGCUUUUCCUGGUUCAACCAGGACCAGGAUGGAGGCACCUACAACCUGCGUCUCUUCAACGAUGACGGCUCCAUUAACAAGGCGGGUGAAGCUUACAUGGCGGCUUGCGCGCGAUGGCGGCGAUGA